AAACGUAAAAUUAAUUACUCAAAUAAGCAGCUCAACUGCUUGCUGUGUCCUCCAUCUUCCUCCUAAAACCCUAAACCCCAAAUUCAGAGAACUCACAUAAUAAUCAAAAUGCACAUUUUCCUUUCGAUUUCAACAAAAUUAUUACAGUCAAAAUCCACAUCCUUCAAGUCCCUCACAUGGAUUCCUACAGUUUUCUUACUAUCCCCAAAGCAAAUGUCACAGUCAACUUCCAUACCCAGAAACCAACAGCGUAUUCGCGACCACGGUUACGAUGAUUACAUGGAAGUGGAGAAGAAAAUCCGUAAAGUAAUGAAAUUCCAAGAACUACUUCUUACUCAACCUAAUUCAAUGAUCGCCAUUUCUCGCCUUGAUAUGCUUGCUCGCCGUUUUGGGUUCAAACAAUAUGAAGCAGGGAAGUUUAUUCUCAAAUUUCCUCAUGUUUUCGAGGUAUUCGAACACCCAGUUCAGAGAAUACUAUAUUGUAGGCUUACUCGUAAAUCAUUGCUUCAAAUUGAGCAAGAAAAACUAGCACUUUUAGCUCAAUUGCCUUUAGCUGUAACCCGUUUACGAAAGCUUCUGUUGCUAUCGAAUACGGGGAGGUUAAGGUUAGAACAUGUUAGGAUUGCAAGGAAAGAUUUUGGUUUACCUGAUGAUUUUGAGUUUUCUGUGGUUUUGAAGUAUCCCAAGUAUUUUAGAUUGUUUGAUGCUAAAGAGACUAGGAAUAAGUAUAUUGAGGUUGUUGAAAGAGACCCGCAAUUAACUGUUUGUGCCGUGGAGAAUGUUAGGGAGAGAGAGUAUAGAGAAAAAGGUGGCGAAGAAGAGAAUGUGCGGUUUUCCUUUAGAGUGAAUUUCCCACCGGGUUUCAAGAUUGGGAAGUAUUAUAAGAUUGCUGUUUGGAAGUGGCAAAGGUUGCCUUAUUGGUUGCCGUAUGAGGAUAUCUCUGGUUAUGAUUUAAGGUCACUCGAGGCACAGAAGAGAAUGGAAAAGAGAGCAGUUGCGACAAUUCAUGAAUUGUUAUCGUUGACAGUCGAAAAGAAGAUUACUUUGGAGAGGAUUGCGCAUUUUAGGUUGGCUAUGGAUUUGCCAAAGAAGCUGAAAGACUUUCUUCUUCAGCAUCAGGGGAUAUUUUAUAUUUCGACGAGGGGAAAUCAAGGGAAAUUGCAUACGGUGUUUCUCAGGGAGGCUUAUAGGAAAGGAGAGUUGAUUGAGCCUAAUGAGUUAUAUUUAGCUAGGAGAAGGCUGGCUGAAUUGGUUUUACUGAGUCCAAGGAAAGUCACAGUGGAUAGAAGAUUGAUUAAUUAUGGAAAACAGGGAGGCGAUGAUGAAAUAGCUGACUACGUUGAGAAUGGAGGAGAUCAUUCAGCUGCCCGAGAGACGGUUAGAGAAGAUUUGGGAGAAGAAAGCCUGGACUCUGAUGAUGAUUGCUGUAUUAACUCUGAUGGUGAUUGCAGUAUUGACACUGAUGGUGAUUGCAGUAUUGACACCGAGUACACACACAAGGAAGCCAAUAAUUAUGGUGUUACUGAUGAUGCAGAGGACACUCGUUUCACUAAUGUAUAGGCAUCAGGCCUUUGGCCUUUGCUGCUGAAUUAUUUGCUUAGCCUCUUAGAGUCUUAGUUGCUGGCCUGCUGUGUAGGCUGCUGAUACAUGUUCGCGUCGAUCAUGCAAAAUUGCAAGCCAUGUGAUAGAAAAACAGCUGCUUCCAUGGUGCAUAUGAUAUUAGGCCCAUACCAAAGAACCGAACCGAAUUAGAAAAGCUGGAACAAAACCGAGCACCAAUGUAAGCUUUUACCCCUGGCUACUUGAGAGCUGAUCAAGUUCUUCUUUCUCUUAGAUGUAAUCUGGAAGAGUUGAAGAAUGGUCAGUAGUGUAUCAGGUGAAAAGACGUAGUUGCAAGUGGUGAAGAAAAUGGAUAUUUUCAAUGAUACCGUUGAUGCUCAGUAAGGAGAAAAAUUGGAAGAUGCUAUGCACGGAGUGACAGAUGAAUUUCAGGCUGGGUUGUUGCUUCUAAUGAGUUCUCUUUGUAAAAGCAUCACCUUUUGUUCCAUUGUAUUUUGUUAAUUAACAGUCAUAUCUUUGGUGGAAGCCAUCUUAGUAGGGCGCUUAGAUGCUUUACUUGUUGAUUGGUGUUCUUCUAUUUUAUUUCUCUAUCAUUUAAGGUUUUGAGUGAUUGUAAACAUUUAAGGUGAACAAUUUAAGAUUUAAGUGAUUGUAAACAGAUUGGAUCUAUCUUUUCUUA